AAAAAUCCUAGUAACGGAAACCCUAAUCCCCAAAAUGAGAAAUCGAUUCGAUUCGCUAUUUAAUGUGGCGUGGUUUUCUUCUCCGAUCCGAUGUCCCUCCCCCGCUCCGGCCCCCGCAUCGAUCGAGCUCGCAUCCGCGCGCGGUGGUGUUCCCCCACCGGGGGAGGCUCUUGUUCGCCGUUGGGUGGUGAUUCCGGCGCUGGGUCGACGCCAUGAGGAAGAAGCUGGACACCCGCUUCCCCGCGAAAAGUAUGAUGUAGAGGUAGCUACUGGGUAUCUGAAGAUUCCUGGAUCCAGUACUUGUACUAGUCCUCAUGGAUGAGGCCUCGGAUAAAGAAAAUCAUGCAAGCGGAUGAAGAUGUUGGCAAGAUUGCUUUAGCUGUACCUGUUCUAGUGUCGAAAGCAUUGGAGCUGUUUCUGCAAGACUUGUGUAAUAGGACAUAUGGCAUUACAGUGCAAAGAGGGGUCAAGACUGUGAGUUCUUCUCAUUUGAAACAAUGUAUACAUAGUUAUAAUGUUUAUGAUUUCCUGAGGGAUGUCGUCAGCAAAGUUCCAGACAUGGGUACAUCUGAUGCUGGUGUUGAUGAUAAACUUGGCAAAAGGAGGAAAACUGCUGAAGAUGACAGUGAGGAGGAAUCAAAGCGGACAAGAAAUGAGGCAGCAAACCACACAAAUAAUGGUAGAGGGCGUGGAAGGGGUCGGGGAAGAGGCCGCCGUGGUGGGCGUGGAUCUGAGAGGGAGAUUCUAUCCGCUUAUGAAAAAUUUGAGGAGAAUCAUGAGUUUCCUCCAGGCGAAUUUAGUAAGCCUGUCGAGCUUAAGGUAGAUGUUUCAGUUGAUGGUACAGAAGCAAAUGAAGCAAAGGAGGUUACCCCAUUAAGCAAUGCAAGGGCUUCUCUAAGGAACAUUGACUUAAAUAUAGAUCUAACUGACUAUGAUGAUGAGGAUUCAGCGCCACCAGAGGUCCAACCUUCAGCUCCGGCAGUGGGUGUCCUUACAGCCUCUUCAGGACCACCUGUUUCAGAGGUGAAGGAAGAGGCAAAGACCAAAGAUUUACUGGGAUGGCAGCUGCCUGAGAUAAACAUGGACCCUGUUCAGUUUGCCUUGUCCUCAAACCAUAGGUUAGAGGAGGAUGAGGAUUAUGACAAUGAAGAAUGAUAACCUGCAAGCUAGCUUCCCUUUUAGGAUAAGAAGCUGAAAGGUAGACAUGACUCUUUUUGUCUAUUGUACAUCAUGUUAGCCCAGGUUAACUCUGUAGCUGCUCUUGUAUAAUAUGUGUGCCUGUUGAAGCUGCAGUAGUUUAGGAUGUUACAGAAGUUUAUCGAUCGAUAGCUAGCAACUAUGUUGAUAGAUUCAUCAGUUGUACAUCCAAUCUGAUCCCCAGUUUAUGAUAGGUUGCAAUGCUUCUGUUUCAUUG